CCGCGGCAGCUCCUGGCGGGGCGCCCAGCCGCGGGGCCGGCGCGGCCCGGCUUCCCUCAUGGCGAAGGAUCCCCAGGGCACCUUCCAGGAUGAGGUGGAGUGGUGCAUUUUGCAGCUGGAGACAAAUCUCCUUUGCCUCCAGCCAACCCCAAAACAAGUAGAAGAAACGCAGCAUGUUCUCGAGGUCCUGCGCUCCGAUGAGACCCCCUUGGUGAAGAAGCGACAAGUGAUGAACCAUGCGUUUGGGGAUUAUCGACUCAAAAUGGCUGAAGAGCAGAAGAACACUGAGAAAGCAGCUCUGAAACCUGGGGAAGCAGAAGUGCAGCCAGGCAGUGGGCAGCCUUCAGGUAGCGUGAUAUACAGGAAACACUCUGACAAAAUCUCUGAGGCAAAACCGAAGCAGUCCAUGUUGUCUGACAGCAGCUCCCGACUGGACUUCACACCUUCUGAGAUGGACCCAGCAGCACCUGGUACAACUUUGGGAGCAGCUCCUAGUACCAGUGGUGCUAAGCAGAAACAAACUAAUGUAGGAGCCCCAGAGCAAAAGAAUUUGAAUGAAGCAUUGAGUUUUGCUACUUCUGGACAAGAACCCAAGUUUGCUUUCAAUUUUACCAUCACAGAUGAAGAUCAUCCUCUGGUUCCAUUAGUUCUAGCAAACCAACCCUUAGAGAAUACAGCAAACCAUGAAGCGCUGGAUAAUUCACUGCCUACUGAAUCACUAGAUGUGCUACAGAGUUCAACCCUGCAGAAGCCGGAGCUGACUCAAACUACAAAUAGUGCACCUGGAGAAGACAGAGGCCAUUUCGUGUUAAAGAUCCCCAUACCAGAGAGUGCUCCUGUGACAGAGAAGGCAGCUGCAGAUGGAGCAGCCCAAAAAAAGAAAAAGAAGAAGAAACAAAAGUCAUCUAGCAAUAAAAAGGAGAUAGAAGAAACAGAGAUAAACGGGAAGGCAAAGGCAGACGCCAGUGGAUGUCAGAAUAAAGAUGCAUUCCACCAGGAUGAGACCUCUCAGCAGUCAGAUGACCAGCUGUGGAAAGAAGUGGACUGGUGUGUAGAACAGCUGGAACUUGGCCUGAAGACGCAAAAAUCCAGUCCUAAACAAGUGGAGGAGGCUCUCCGUGCAAUAAAGACACUGCGCAGUGACAAGGCUCCGCUAGUGAAGAAGCGUCAAAUCAUGAGAACCAUGUUCGGAGAUUACAGGAAGAAGAUGGAGGAGGAGCAGUGCAAACAGCUGAAGCUCAUGCAGGCAGCUGCAAAAUCUGCCAGGGUUGUGGAAGUGAAGGAAAACAUCCGCAACAAGAACUGCCAGGUCUUGCGGAAGCGCUCUGGAGCUUGCAGGAAAAGCCAGGAUUCAUCAGGAUCCCCUUCAGCAUCGCCCAGGACAUCUAACACAGACGUAUUCAGAUUUACAACUUCCCAAGAAAAGUUUUGCUUUAAUUUUUUUUAGGAAAUUUAUAGACUAAAACCGUGGCUAAAAGCUAUGCCAAAUUUCCUGCAAACCUUAGAAGGAUGCUGAGCAGGGAAAAUGUUACUUAGGAAUCUCUGCGUGUUUCACAAAGAAGGGAUUGACUUUCAGAGUGCCUUAUGUAGAGAUGUAAUAACAGAUCUACUUACUAUAUACAUAACCCCAAUACUCAGUCUGCAUAGUAGACCUCUGUCCUCACACUGUACGGAGGCACCUUUUCAAAUGAUCAGUACAGACUCUGGUAUCCAGAAAGCAUUGGGCAGUGUAUUUAAUCAAAUACAAUGUGCAAGAGUUCAGGAACUGACAGGAAAAUGUGUGGGAAUCUUCUUUGCAUGUUCAUUUGUCUAACUGACAGGUACAGACUUAGAAGAAAACUGCAGAUGCUGAUUUAUUCUAGCUUAGGGAUGUCAGCGCAGGUAUUUCCAGACAGGGAAAGAUUUUAGUUUCUGAAUCCAGGUUCUUGCCAGCUGGAAAGGAUGUACAGUCAGUUCUUAAAAAAAGAAGCUUACUUUAUAAGUAGCCCAGUGACAACCAGCAGUGAAUCAGAGGAUAAAUCAACUCUGUCACAAACCUUGGGUGACAGUGAAAUGAACUGUGACAGCCCAGAGGAUCUAUUGCAUUUGAUCUGUAUUAAAUUUUUACUUUCUGGACAGUUGAAUGUACAUCUUCAGUGCCAUGAUACUGCUACUGCUUCAGCCAGCGAAGUUGUCAUCUAUGUUCAUGCAGAAAAUCAUCCUCACUCAAUCUUGAAAAGCUGAAGAAACAGAAGGCCUUUAAAAGGAAACAUGGUAUCAGGUGUCCCUAGGGAGCAGUGCUUUCCUCCCUUUUAUAGACCAGUCGGUCAUCCUGCAUGAGAAGCAAGAAAUGGAAGCACAGGCAGAUUUCAGGGUGUACUGAGAGACAGUGGAAAAAUAGGUUUUUGAAGACUUUUCCUGCAAAUGUUGUUGGCUGCAAAAAAGGAAUAUAUUUUAUUGCUAAGCUCAGAUACAGUAAAUUGCACCUGGAAGAUUUAUUUUAUUUUAAAUGUUUAAAAUAAUGACUGUUCAAAGACAUAGGGGGAAAGUAAAACUGGAUAAUGCAUUUGAUAAGGAGAAAUAUACAGAAGACAUAAAUAAAACUAUAAAUCAA